ACCUAUUCUUCCACUUAUCUUCAGAAGCAAAUAUGAUAAAUGCAAUCAGAUUCGGCCGCAGUCCACCGCCGAUCGUGCUCACAUUACCUCUUCCGCCGCAGCUCCGCCGUGUAGACUCGCCUGAGCUCCGAUCCCGUCAACUGAUCGGUUUCUCCACCGCACCUGAUCAGAACCCACGGAACAUGGAUGACUCUAAAAACACUGCCAAGCAGACUGGAGAUAUAAUGACUGAUUCGUUCGGGCAAGCGUACGCAUGCCGAAGCGAGUAUGAAGGAUUUGGAGGGAUUUAUAGAUGGAUUGAGUCAACCGAAGUGGGGGCUGAGAAUGAAAAGAAACCUGAAUAUGAUAAAAGCCAAGGGAGCGAAGUGAAGGAGGAGGAGAAGGAGAAGGAGAAUGAGAAGGCUCGACAUCAAACUCACUCCAACUGCUAAGAACAAUGAUCUUGUCUCAUACUCGUUUUGUAUUAUGUUUAUGGUUCUUCUUUGUCAUGUUGUUGUCUUAGUUGGUAUAAAAUCUAAAUUUGCAUUUUGUAAAUUAAUUAGAAGAAUAUUGGGCGUGAUGAUAA